AUGGGUAAGCGUCCAUUGGUUGGUGACGGCAGUCACGUGUCUGCUGAGGAAACUGGAGACAGAUCACGGAUGCUUUGGUCCAAAGGACGAGGACAGUUGCCCUCCAGUAGCUUUUGUCCGACCCCCAAACUCUCCAUCAUCUCUUCAAAACUGAGUGGUUUUCCCAUCUCCCCAGCCAUGGCCACAAUGUUGCAACGAAGUCUCUUUGGGAAUACCGUCCAUGUCCUGGGCAGCGUCUGGAGGAAGGCACACUUCAAGUUUCACAGUCCUUUUUCUGAUCUGGCUUUUGCUUUACAAGUAGAAAAGGGAGGAGCCCAGAGCAUUCAGAUGGCUGUACAAGGUUGCGUCAUCAAAUACUUACUGUUUUCCAGAGAGGAAAAAGACGGCGGCCUUCACAGUCUGCGUCACCUGAGCCAGCGUGUGCAGGGCCAAGCCCUAGCUGCUGUGCUGGCUGGCAUCCUAUGGACUGCGGGGGCCGCUCGGAAGGCCGUCCUCUGUCUUGUCACCGAAGACAUCCACAGCACUUCCAUUCUUGACCACUCCAGCGACAACUUCAUUGAGAGGCUCCAACUGUUUGAGUUUUCAGAGAGAGAAGCCACUGAGAAAUUCAUCUAUGAUCAUUUGCAAUGUUUCAAAGGGGAAGGAAGCCACGGUGUCAUGCUGUUCCUGUACAGCCUGGUCUUCUCCAGAACAUUUGAGAGGCUUCAGAAAGACCUGGAUUCCACCACCACCCAUCUCUUGCAGUCCCGUGCGGGAAGCAUCCUGUGCAGGCAGGCAGUUAUAAACAUGAUCUUGACUGGGAGAGCGAGUCCAAAUGUCUUCAAUGGCUAUGAGAAAGGAAACUCUGAGGAAACGUUACAUGGAGUCCUGACCCGCAGUGAUGUUGGCUACUUGCAGUGGGGGAAGGAUGCUUCUGAGCACGACCGACUCUCGCAGGUGGGCAGCAUGCUGAAGACGCCCACGUUUCCUAUUUGGCUGUGCAACAUCAAUGGAAAUUAUAGCAUCCUUUUCUGCACAAAUAGGCAGCUCUUGUCUGACUGGAAGAUGGAGCGUGUCUUUGAUCUGCACUUUUACAGCGGGCAGCCCUCACAGAAGAAGCCUGCACAUCUUACAAUAGAUACUCACUCCCAUCACUGGGAAGGGGAGCACAGGGAGGAUGAGCACGGAUCAGGAAGACGGUUUUCUCCGGUGGAAAUGGCAAUCAGAACUAAGUGGAGAGGGGCUACCGUCAACUGGAAUGGAACCAGUCCCUUUUUCUAAAACGGAGACCGGAAGAGUCUGAAGGGUCAGAACAAACGGGACGAAGUGGGCGGGCAUGUAAUUCCCACGGUCUCCCUUCAUGAGCCCCGCUGAGAAACACCACUGCGGUUUCUCAUCCCUCUUGGCCGUGCCUUUGCCGUCAUGAUUGCUGUAGAGAACGUGUCUCUAUCCCAGGCUCUGAACAGUGGAUCCUUCAUUUCACUCAGAAGAGGAAAAUGCGGUCUCUCCUCUCCAUGUUUUCCAGACUGUUCUUUUUCUGAGACACACCAGGACUGAGGCGGGAAGCUCACUUCCAUUUGAGGAUGAAGUCAUCAGGAAUACAUCAUCAGCUUUUAGCAAUGGCAAGAACUCAAGUCCCGUCAAGCCUUCCCGGUACAGGCAGUGCUCCUUUCCAAGGACACAGCUCACACAGUCACGUUAGCGGAUUCUUCUCAGUAAAGUGGAGAUGGGCUUUCUUUCCCCUGCUUGGGGAGGGGUCUGUUCCCCGUGGGCUGGGAGCUCUGGUAGGGUCAUGGAAGACUCAUGCAGUCAAGGCAUCAGGUAGAAAGACACAUUCUUCUACCAGUACUCCGUGUGUUCCUUUCUCCUAAACUAGAUAUAAAUAACAACAAUAACCAUAAGCCGAGACAGUCUUACUCCUACACAAAAUAAGAUUCUGCAAAAAUAAAACCUCAUCUCAGUGUUCAAGGGGGAAAAGAAUUUGUGAUCGUUCUCUCUUAUGCUAAAUGCCUACACAUUUUCUGAAAAGAUACACAGACUAGACACAUAUUCUUUCUAGAAGACGUGCAGGAAAAGCAUCUAGAUGUUUUUCCCACCCCCAAACCCUAUCUGCUAACUCACAGAUUUAGGGCUUUGGAUAUGGAAAUCAAGGACAGGUUCCAAGGGACAAUGUCUGUGCACUCAUUGUCCACAUUAAUUUAUUUGAUGCCUUUUCUUUUGGCUCAAGAGCAGUGUAUAACCUGAGCGGAGAAGAAAGCUUGAGAGCGAGUAAUAAAUUGUCUGAGGAGAAAGCCUGUGGCUCAGAGUUCUGAUCACGGUGUUGUCAUCAUUGAUGGGUUCGCCCAGAAUUUUAAAUAAGUAACGCUUGCCUGAGGAUUCGGAAAGCAAGGUCAGCCACAAGCCAUAGAAGCCAGGUACACACCUUUAAUCCCAGCAGCCAGAAGCCAGGAGGU